CAGAUCAAGGUGGAGUGUUGUCUUCCGAAGCGAGUUGAUGCCCAGAACUUGGAGAAGUUGGUCACCAGGUCAAACGACAGCAGAUUCUUUGUGUUUGUGAAUAAAAGGGCUGUGAAAAUGCCGGAAAUUCGAAAGGCAAAAGUUUUAUCCAAGAUGGAAAAACUUUUGGAAGAUUUUUAUGGACCCUUAUUGAUGACAAGCCGAACAGGGGAAUCAAUAACUCCUCCAUCAAUCCCAGCCUCAGUGGAUUCAAUCCUUGAAACAACCACAGAAGAACUGAAUGAUUCCUGCUGUGUAGAACCAAUCAGUCCCCCAGCAGUCAUUACAAAAAGCCUUCCAGCAAAGCCUGGUCAGAAGAGAGGAUUGGAUGAAAUAGUUCAAAAAUCAACCGCCAGGGUUGAACAGCCACACCAACUGCAAAAGCCUCAGGAACCACAACCACCACCAAAAAAACCAAAACCUAUGACUGAGUUUUUCACUCCACCUGACUCUGAGCUGGAUGCUCUUUUAUCUGAUGGAGAAGAUGAUCUUUUUGGGCAGGUUCCUAUGAUGCUGGAGGAAUCAAAAAUGGACGAGGAACCCGUGGUUUUGGAUGCUGUUGCCUGGGCUGAGGGCAAAACAUUCCCGGAAUCCCAAGAACCCGUGAAAAUAUUCUGCCCCAAGCCUUCGGAAACCAGUGUGGACCGGAAAUUGAGUAAUGUUUCGAAAUCCGGAAGUGUUUUGGUUGGUGGGAAAAUUCUGAACAAGCCACUGACUGCCCGCGAAAUGUACGAAAAAGAAACCCGUCGGAAAAUUGUUUCACAACGUCAGAAUGUGAGUCUCUAUGACCUGGAAAAGAGUGUGACUGAGGGUUGGAAGGCCUUGGAUCAGUCCCAACGUUCUGCUUACGAAGAAAAGUCUCAGCUGUUGGCGAAUGAUUUCAAGAGCAGAGUUUUGAAGUUGAAGACGAAUCCGUUGCCACCUUCACCGAAAAUCACAGGGUAUGUCCAGUCAUUCAAGAGAGAGCCCGUGAAAACAGCAGAGCUGAAAAUGGAGGUACAAUUCGAUCUGGACGCAAUCAGGUCGCAUGCUCCAGAGGUUCCCAAGCCUGACCUCGGUCUUCAGGUCAUUGGUCAGCUCCAAAAUGGCUUCUGGGUCGUGCGAAGUCAGCGGAACAUUAUUGCUCUGUUGAAUCACCACAGAUUCGAUUUUCUGUUGAAACAGGAAGAAGUUUGUGAAAGGAUGAAGACGUCUCCUGAAACUUCAUCAAGGGUGGAGCUUUUGGCACAGCUAAUAUUGGCAGAGCAGUUGAAUAUUCAUGUUCCAGCAGCAGUUUGUCCUUCUGGAAAUCCUUGUGUGGUAGUAUUAUUUGCCAUGCUACCGUGA